AACUCUCAUACUUAGAAAAGAACAUAGGACAUAGGAUCGAACAAAACUCGAUUCUACUGACGGAUGUUUUGCAAACACUUUUAGCAUGUAUUAUACGCAAAGAAUUGUUCUCUCCUCCCUUGCCUUGCCAUCUUACUGCAACCCUGUAGAGAAUUGUGAAAGUUCGCGUUAAGCAGAAAUUCGCCUCAGUGAAAAUGUUAAAACUAUUGCAUUUGAUUUUUCCCGCUGAUACUUUCCGAGAAAAAGAUAUUCUUUACAUUGGGCCAGUCCUACGAAUUUACUUUUAUUUCACAUAAAUUUAUAGACGAUUCAAUUAGAAUAAUGAAAACGAUUCUUCUUUUUAAAAAGCUAAUCACACAGAAUACAAAUAAAAUUAACACCGAGCUUCAACGAUGUGUCGUUUCGAUCCCAUCAAGCUGAAAGAAACGCCAGCUUUUGAUUGAAAUGUUGUUUGAUUUGGCCGGAUGAGAAAUCAGGAUAUUUUGUAUAUUUAGUGAAUUGAUAUUGUAACAAAAACAGUAUUGACUCAAAAGACAGCUGCUGAUAACAGGCCCAUUCGAUAAACGUGAUUAUUUAGGCGAAGCGAUCUGGAAUUAACGAUAAAGUUCCCACAGACACCCGGUCACAAUAUUCCGUCUAGUACCUGAAGAUCUGUUCCUUGCCAGAUUUCAGUAGCGGGUAUAUAUUGAACUGGAUGAAUUUACCGAUAAAGGAUGUGCUCAUUUUGAACUAUAUACGCCGACGCUGUUUUUAUAUAAACUACAAAACCCUUCAAAAUUAUCUGAUUACUUAGUCCUUUUUGAUAUAUCCGUUUAAAAAAAUUGGGAAAAAUUGCAAAAUUAAUUUACCGCACAGCGGGAUAAAUAAGAGAAAUUUUAGGAAGAGAAAAACAUCUUGAGUAUAUGUCUGUUCCUAACGUAGCCGUGUGUGGGAAGCAAUAUAAUCGGCCAGAUCAGCUGCUGUUAUUUGAAUGUACACGGUGUAUAGCUUACCCCUUAGGAGGGGAGGGGGGCUUGGUAGGGUGUCGAGUUGAGAAACCCAAACCCAACAACAGUUAUCGCAUUCAGCCUGGCCCCUAACGAAAACGAACUACCAAAUCUAGUUUCUUCAAACGGAUGCAAAUUACUUUGUCUUAAUUUGUUUCUAUAACAGCGAACUAUUGCUGCCGAUAACACUAUAGAGUAUAGUGGGAUAUUAAUUGAGCAGCAAAAAUUUCAAUUAGUCCAUGCAAAAAUAUAGUUUUUUUAUAUAUUACGUAUGAUAAUAUUGUGUCUCAUUUCGGCUUUAAAUCUUUGCAACAUCUUACAGUGCCUGAACAAAUUAAUUAUAUAUAACCUGUCACAUCAGUAAGAUUAUAUAUAUUAUAUAUGGUUCAGUUCGGUCAUACUCAUUGGAAAAACGCAACGACAGCGCACUAGGACACUGCUGGAUAUUCUAAACAGUUCGUAAAACUUUCCGCGGAUCGUUGUAGCUUAAGGUGAGGAAAGGAAUUCAUAAAUGAAUCCUUCAUAUAGUAUAUUCGUUUCGUUAGCAAAAUAAAACUUGCCGUUCUUGUGUCAUUUUGCAUGGAAGGUGAGAAAAAAUCACUGUCACCUUUUAUCAACAACUGGGUGAAAUAAUCGAAGAUCUUUUUUAUCAAACUCUCGAGUUAUAGAUAGGCAAAAAACUCACUCAAAUAUUGGAUAACUGUUUUCGAUUUCAAUUCGACAUAUUAUUUACUUCAUUAUAUGAUAAAUAGUCGCCGUUUGCCCUUUUUUUUGAGAAAUUAUUCGCAAGCUGAGUUAUUAAUUAUUUCAAACAACAAACAUCGUGAUGCCUGCUGCGCACUUGAUGAACAUGUGUAAGUUCAUGAUAUUAAAUAAGUGAAUUAAAUUUGAGGCUUGUAUUGGCAGAUGGAUCUCAAGCGCCUUCGCUUCAGGGUAAACAAGACUUUCUUGUUGAAUUAAAAAUGAUUUAAAACGUCAGUUAGAUUUUUCGUGCGGUUUUUAACUGUUCGACACUUUGAAAUCACAGACGCGUAAAAAUGCGCAGACAAAAUGACGUAGCUUCCUUGAUUAGACUAUUUUUCGGAUCAUUGCAUUUUAUCUUGUGACUUAUCUGAUAUUGCACCUAUCUGCUACACGUUAUAUACUCGUUGCGGUUGCCGGGGAAAUUGUGUCAUCUCACUGAAAAAUAGCUUCCUAGGACGUAACUGUCUUCAUCUGUUGCCUCAAGGCGUUUAUAAACUUCUCCAGUUGCAGGCCAACGCUGUUCUAAACAGGACGUGAAAACCAACACGGAAGGAAUUGAGAUUGUAUUUGGUGCAAAUAUGAAUGGAUGAAAAAGUUGGCCUCCAUUUAUUGGUUUUACUGAAAGUAAUAUUCAAAGUCGCGAAUGUAAAAGUGAGCUGCAAUAAUGCUAACAAGCAAACUUGGAAAUCUGUCGACGGAUCUGAACAACACAAACGGAGAAAAUUUCUCUGAAAGUGAAGGCAUUCCCAUGGCUCCUUUUGUGACUGUGCUAUGUUUCAUCAGCGUCGCCUCGGUGUUGGGAAACAGCUUGGUGUGUCUAGCGAUGUACCAACAACCUCGUCUUCGCACCGUGAUGCAUUACUCCAUGCUAAGUUUAGCAAUUGCAGACCUUCUCUGUGGCGCCAUCGCGAUGCCCGCUUACAUUGCCAAGAAGUUUGUUGACGGCGAGAGAGGAGAAGGGGUCGUUUGUGACAUAUUUCGCUUCACGUACUUUUUCACCGAAUACGCGUCAGUAUCCAGUUUAGUUAUGGUCAGCCUGGAGCGAAUGUUUGCUCUGAAAUACCCUUUUAAAUGCGUCGAUCCAAAGUUCGGAUAUAAAGUCAUAUUCUUUCUAUCUUUGGCCUGGUUAGAUGCUCUUAUAGUGGCGCUACUACCGUUCAUCCCCUGGGAUCCAAACGCCGGGGGACCUUGUUCGUACAAGCCUACCAAAUGGUGGAGUCUGUUGGUGAUUCAUAAAAACGUUGUUAUUCCGCUCCUGAUUGUCGUCAUUUGUUACUCAUACAUCUAUAACAUUGCCAUGUCACAUGUCGAGACGAUACGAAAGGAAAAUCGGCCAGGGGAAAACAUGAAAUGCAGGUUGCAACAGUGGAAACAGCGGAGAAAGGCGACGACAACAUUGUUAAUUGUCGUUGGUAUUUUUAUGGUGUGUUGGCUUCCCUCGACCAUUUACUACUAUGUUCAAAACAUCUGUGAACACUGUUUCGAUUCCUUUGUUGGCGAACAGAAGGCCAUUUUUAACGCCAUUGUUAAGAUUUUGACUUUUGCAAAUUCAAUGACGAAUCCGAUCAUCUAUUGGUACCGUAGCAAGGAGUUUAAACGCGCAUUUCAGAGAAUGUUCUUGGGUCAGCUUUGCCAUUCGUUAGCCUCGCAGCGAAGCUCCAGAGUUCAUUCACAAACUGAUUUGACCAAUCAGGGAACGUUUUGUAAAACUGAAAAAGAAAACUAAUUGUCUUUCCCCCUUAUGCAAAAAGAUGUAAAACUCAAGAUGGGAUUAGUCCGUGUUCAAACCAAAAUAAUGGAGUUUAGGCGAUUGGGCCAGUAAAAAUCAGUUUGGGAUUUUCAAAGGACAGACUUGUCAAAAAUUUGGCCUAAAUGGCUUCCUAAUCUCGACUGUUGUAAAUAAGUUAGUUAAAAAUUCAGAACCCUCAAAACGCGAGAGUUAGAUUGACAUCUAAAAUGACUAAAAUAGAAAUGAAAAUAGAA